GCUGCCUUGAGAAACACAGCCACUUUGCAAGACACGGAGAGGAGGUAGAUGGUGGUUGGAUCACCAAGAAGGUGGAAACAGUACUUUAUCCUCAGUGCUUUUGGCUACCAAAUACCUGCUCCAGCUCUCCUGGGGGAUGGAACUGCAAUUCUUUUCUUCAGCAUAGAUUGUGGGCUUUUUUCUAGGAGAACAGGGAAAGAAGAGAACUGCACUCCUACUUGUAACCCUUGUGAGGACAACUGUGAAUCUACAGCAAACUUCAAGCUGUAUGGCAGUUAUAGGAAAGCGACAUCCAAGAGAAGAUCAACUUUGAAAUCCGCAUGCGAGAAGGUAUCUGUAAGCUGCUUGCAGUGAGCACACAGAAGGAGCAGCUCUUGCAAGCAGUUAAAAACCUGAUGGUUUGCAAUGCUCGGAUACACGCCUACAGGAGAGAGCUACAAAACCAAAGAGAAGAGCCCAUCUCCUGCAGGACCCAAGAACAGUCUUCAGUAAAUGGGACAAAAGACCGAGUGGCAUGCAGAGCAAAGGUUGCUAUAUCAGAUAUUCGAAUACCUUUAAUGUGGAAAGACUCUGAUCACUUCAGCAGUAAAGAAAAAUCACAGCGCUAUGCGGUGUUUUGUUUAUUCCGAAUGGGAGCUGAGGUUUUUGAUACAGAGGUGGCCGUGGUGGAUAAAGCAGUGACAGAUAUUUGCUUUGAACAUGUGACCAUAUUUGAUGAAGCAAGACCAGAUUUCCAGGUGAAGGUUGAAGUGUAUAGUUGCUGUACAGAGGAGUCUUUAUAUGCAACAAACACUCCUAAGAAACUAGCAAAGAAGCUUAAAACAUCCCUUAGCAAAGCUACAGGGAAGAAACUCAAAGCUGCUCUGGAAGAAGACAGCACUGAAUCCCUUUUGCCUCCUGACCCAGUCAUCCAUGGAGCAAAGUACAGCUUGCUGGCAUAUACCACUUUGGGACUGGAAAGUGCUGAGGACAACUUCAGGACCCACAACCUUACUGUUACUGGAAAUGAGGAAUCCUCUUUUUGGCUGCCCCUGUAUGGAAACAUGUGUUGCCGUUUAGUUGCUCAGCCAUCCUGCAUGGCUAGGGAUAUGAUGGCAGGAUUUCUUAAUCAGCAGCAAACGGUAGGAAGUCUGACUAGCUGGAGGAGGCUGUACUGCAUACUAAGAGGGGGCAAGCUCUUCUGCUAUUACUCGCCAGAAGAAAUUGAGGCUAAACUGGAGCCAGCCUUGACAGUUUCCAUCAACAAGGAAACCAGGAUUCGAGCUGUGGAUAAGGACUCCAAGAGAAGAACUAAUAAUUUCACUGUUAUCAACCGCGUGUCUGGAGAGGCUGUGAUGCAACUUUUUGCUACUGACAGUAGGGAAGAACUUCAUAAGUGGAUGGAAGCUUUCUGGCAGCACUUUUUUGAUCUGAGCCAGUGGAAACAUUGUUGUGAAGAACUUAUGAAAAUUGAGAUUAUGUCACCACGGAAACCACCUUUGUUCCUGACAAAAGAAGCGACCUCCGUCUACCAUGAUAUGAGCAUUGAUUCUCCAGUGAAACAUGAGGGCUUAGCUGAUAUCAUACAAAGAAAAAUUGAAGAGAGUGAUGGUGAGUUCCUGCUUGGCCAGCAAAAAGAGUCUGCGUCUUGCCUAUGGGCUUCACUCUUUGAUGGAUCUCACAAGAUGGCUGUUCAGAAAAACAUGCAUCUGGGCCCAAAAAGAGACCCUUCAAGUCCUAAUGAUAGCAGAGGAAAGAAAAGAAGAGCUCCAUCUCCACCCCCCAAUAAGUCACCAUACGAUGCAAAAGCACAGGCGAACACAGAGCAAUUGGGCAAGGAAAACUGGGAAAAGUCUGGCUGCACAUCUGCCUUUGGUUCUUCCUUGGAUGCCAAGUUAUCUAUGAAAACGCAGCAGUUGCGGACACCCAUUGCUGCUCCUCGCAACAUUGGUUCUUGUAGGAAAAUCAGUUUAGAUGGCCGUGGGAAUCCCAUCUCAGUGGUGAACAAGACGGACUCUGAAACCAAACCAGUACCAGCCCCUAGACAGAAAUGCAUCACAGACAGGCAUAGACCCUAGAUCAUGGUUGCAGCCACAGACAUCAGAACUGGCUAAGAAGAGUUCCACGAACUGUGAAUUUCUCAGCCUUCUACUAUAACUCUUGAGUAAAAAUAGAUUUUAGUAUGUAGCUUCUAAGUAUUGAGGCUGAAGUUUUUUACUUUUAGCCAGGGCAUUAUUAGUAACUGUGGUCUCAGCUGUACAUGUUAUUGCUAACAUCUAAGUAAUUGCACUGAUACAAGGGAGUGUGAUCUCAGUGUCUGAAGGGUGCUACUUCCAGAAAGAGUGGUUCAGUACUUUCUUUCCCCUUGAAAAAACAGCAGUGUCCAGGGUGACUCAGUGUCCCUGCAGCAGGGGUGUCACCAUUGCCUUCUACCAGUCCCGCUGCUUAGCCCAUCUGCAGCUCCUCAGACUAGUUCAAGUGGGAGUUUCAUAUAUAUUCAGCACAGAUCUUGCAAAGCUGAUUUUCCUGGGCUCCAUGCUUGGUCACUCCCAAAAUAUUCUUAUUUCUCCCUCACUGUUUGGGAACUAGUGCUGCUAAAAUAAUGUGCUACGGAAAGUUCUUACGCUCUUCUGAAUGGCUCUGAAACUCCCUAUGAAUGUCUGAAGCAGUUCUAUCAAUUCAGUGUGAGAUCUCCUGAGUUCUUGCUGGUGCACCUGCAGUCUGAAUGGAGCAGGUUCAUCUCUGUUUGAGCCAGGAUGUGAUCCAUCCCUGCUGCUUAUUUCAGGCUCACAGCAGCAUUUAAAAGCAGUACUGUGUAUGAACACCUACUCAGGAUUUAAUUGUUCUGUCCAACAGGACUCUGUAGCAGAGCUCCUUCGUGGAGCCUCUCAGCUGUUUCUGGUAAGUAGCUGGUUUGUAAACAUGGCAGCAUUACUGGUAAACAAACUGGGCUUUUCCACCACUUGUUCUGUCUGAAAUAGCAGAGAAUUAGUAGAGAUUAUUGAACUUUGAUAUUCUCCCAUCAGGCUGUUCACCAUUUUUGUAAGCAGCAUAGGUUCCUCUGGUGCCUGCAAAACAUCAAUUGCAUAUGGAAAAGAUUCUGUUCUCCCGGAUCUAUAACCUAAAUAUCUGACCCUUUCCUUGGCUGAUGCAUUUAUCUCAAAUUCUAGAAUUUAUCCAAGAACAAAGGUCUGCUUUGCAGAUCUCCCUCUAGAGCCUUGGUAUUCCAGCCUGUGUAGAGAGACUCAUCAGCAACUGUAUACAUACAGUUCAUUUUUAUUUUUUUUCCUAAAGUGUGGAUGGCUUUGGGAGCUUUAGCAUUUCCCCAGAAGACAUUGUGUGCAUGGUUGGUUUGUUUUAUCUGUUUUUUUUGUCUUCUGCUAAGCUCUUGACUGCACAGCUGCAAAGGUAUCUGCUGAAUUCCCUCAGUAGUUCAUUGGCUAUUUGGGAUGGGGCUUGAGAGGCAGGUUUCACUUACAAAUCCUGUUGCGGGAUUAGAGCCCUUCAUUUCUACAAUGUCCUUAUUCAUUCUUCUUUUAAUCACAUUCCAUUUCCCCCCUGAAACAACCAUAAUCAUUCUCACAAUAAAUCAUGCUGUUACUUAAGUGGAUGGUUUGUGAAUGGUUUAUAAAUAGGAACAGAAAAACUGAAGAAUAACUACAUGAUUAUGUAAAUUAGACACAGUCGACUAAGUGGACUGUGCAACUGAACAACAAAUGGGAAAAAUAAAGGGGGGGGGGGGAAUCUUAUUUUCCAAAAUGCAGCUGCAGUGUCUUUAGCUUUAAAUCUAGCCUUAAAUGUUACUGUGUUCUGGAAGAAGAUAAUACCUUUUGCUUCCUGGUAUCCUCCUUCCUUUUAGUUGUUAUAUUUCAAGAUAAAUCUCAUAAAUAUAUAAGGCAAGAAGGCACCAUAAUGAGGAUUUAUUUUUAAAUUCAACAGGCCAUUGAAUUUUAAUGAGCAGUUUCUCUGUUAAAUUCAGUGACUUUGUUUUGAACUGAACAUACAUAUUUUAGGAAGGCAUUUAAUAUUAAUUUAAAGUCUUCAAGUGAUGAGAAUUCACUCAUAACUCCUGUUGCAAUAGUUAAUUCCCCCAGGUACAUUUUUCACUUGAUUUUCUAUUUGCAUUUCUAGCUCCACCUUAAGUUAUUUUGGUCUUUUUAUGCAUUUGAUUGCUUAUAUUGAUCUCUGUAGUAUCAGCUUUUCUAAUUGCUUGUAUGUAGUUAUAAAUCAUGAUUAUGUCCCUUCUAACCUUUUCUCUGAUGAGAUGUACUGAAUUCCUCAACUUUCUUGUGGCAAUGAGCGUUAUCCGAGACUAAUUAAUCUUCACAUUCUUCUCUGUAUUUCUCAUGUAUUGAAAUGUGUUUAGGUGUGACAUCUGAAUUAGAUGCCACAUGUCAAUAGUGAUCCAUCAGGACUAGAGAGAGACAGAACAUGAUCCUCUUACUCUGAUAUCUCCCUCCCCUCUUUCCUCAAAAAGUGUAUUAUCCUUUUUUUGUGGAAGCAUUGCCUUGAAUGCUGACUUCUGUGGCUCAAGUCCUCUUUAGAGUCUUCUUCAAGAAUGCAGUACAUCUUCCUCUUAUUAUCCUACCUUAUUUUUUCCUAGAAACACACUGUGUUUUACCAGCAUUAAAAUACUGCUUAUGAAGUAAUCCAGAUUGCUCUGUGUAAGUGAUCUGUCCUCAUUCUUUACUACUCCAGCAGUCUGCAUGUCCUUUGCAAAUUUAUUGCAAGUGAUUUUUUCAGUUUCUUCCAGAUCAUUGAUUUUUAAAAUUGAAUGCAAGGCAAGGUUUGUAGAGAGAGGUGAUAGGUUUUUAUUACAUCAGUGACAUGGGUAAGGGGGGUGGGGAAAAGCAAACACAGGCCAUUGAGUUCAUGUCCCUUUUUUUCCCAGAGCCUUAAAAAAAUUAACAUGGAAAGCAACUAUAUUUCUUGCUGAUUCCCUAUUAACGCUGCAUUCUGAAAUGAGUUUCCUGUCUUCAACAUAGCAUUAUAUAUUGAUUUUAUCUAGUACUCAUAUGGUAAAGAAAAUGAUAUAUUCAUCUUGUUUUCUGGGAGGGACGUAGGGAUCUUAAGGGCAACACCUUGGUGCAGGUGUCUUUGCAAGCCAAGCUUGCUAUGUGAAAGAGUGAAGUGCAACCUGUUGUUCAAGACCGAUUCACCAUGAAUAUGUUGAUCCUGAACAGAUCUUGAAUGGAAAAGGAUCCUUGAAUGGAUUCUGUCAAUCUGUUGAUUGACAUUUAAUACCUAUCCUUAAAUUAGACCCCUGUGAGCCAGUUCACUGUAUUGUGCUGAUCACCACUGAAGAAACUAGGCCAUUAAUUACCCUGAUCAUCCUAUUUUGGAGCAACAGUGUUCUCAUUGUCCUGUGGAAUUUCAUGGCAGUGCUGACUUGUUUACCCAACUGCACAUUUAGUGUCCUACAGCUGGAAAGGCUUCUGCUACCAAAUGGGGCUUCUGUUAUUUUAAAUAACCACUAUAUAAUCCCCAUUAUGAUGCAUCAGUUGAUUUCAGGUUUUAGUAUUUAAUGCUACUUAGUCUUUUUCUCCCUCCCCUCCCGCUUCUUUAUUGCCGUUUAUUAUUGCCUUUGCCUCUUCUGUUAAGCAAGUUGAUUUAACUCAUAAAAACUGCAGACUACAAGCAAAUGUUGAUCUUGGCUAUACAGUAAAGUCAGUUGUAGGAAAUGCAUUUGUACUCCGGUUUUGUCUACAUGGGAGAAUAUAAAUAUUAGUAAAAAGAACAGAGCACAAUUUUAGGAGUCUAAUUAGAAGACAUAUCUGUGAGGAAAACUGACCUGUUUUUUGGCUUUUCCAUAUCGUGACAAAUAGUAAUACUUUUAUUACUAAUACUGGUCCCUCACUACUGCAUAGGCUUGCUCAGAAAUUAGAGCUCUUCCUUUGUUUUUUUCCCCUCAGGUUUUCCUGACUAUAAUUGAGGAUGAAUUAAGACCAACAAAUUGCUUGUACCCAGGCAGUGUAAUGGGAGGAAGCCAGCUCUCUCAUGGUGUGGUGUGGUGCCAUUUUAGGCUCUGCACUGACUCACUCCCCAGGCUGAGUAAGGGGGAGCCUGGAGGCAGAGAGGUGGAAGGCAGGCAGGUACUGAUGGGACAUGGUGGAAACUGCUUAACUGCUGCCUGUGGGCACUAGCAGAGAAUGUACCCACCAGGGCAGCUGCAUUCGGUCAGCAGGGUGCUUUGAUUGCAUGACUUAAAACACCAGUGAUCAAAAACCACAAGUUGUUUGAUUAGCAUCUGUAAGCAAUGCCAACAUGGGAAAUAUUUUAUCAAGGCACAGGUGAUGUCAGCCAGCCUGCUGCUGGGACGGGGCUGGCAACACAGCAGAGGCCUGUGGCUUUUCCCAGGCCUAGUGUCCAUAGCUCCCUGUUCACACUUGUGUGGCCAAGUCUGGGUGCUGCUGCCUGGCAGCAGACUCCAUGGAAAACUGUGUUCAGACACUGUACCCAGAAUGGGUAGCUCAAACUACCCAGUGCAGCAUGGAGAAGACAAUGGUGGCAUCUGCUACUGCUGAACUACACAUGGUAAUUCUCUAUAGGUACUUUUCUAAGGAAUAUGUCAGGCCCACUCUGGAAAUGGUGCCUGCUUGUUUGCUGCUGGAAUGAAUUAAUUGUUGCUUGAAAGCCAUGAAGUAGUGGGAUUGCCACCUUGAAGUCAGGCAGAGGCAAUAGUCAACAUGACCACUACUUUUAAGGAAGUAAAACUUGAAAGUUAAUGGCUAGUGCAAACUUGAAAAUAAAUGUCACAGAAUAUGAGCAACUUUUAAAGUAUUGGCUGAACUUAGUAACUGUGUUAUAUCUGAUGUCUUCAGCUGUUCACUUGGUCUUGGAAUAGUAGAUGGUACUUUUUGCAGUUUUAAAGACAUUAGUUUAAAAUGUUUACAUUUUUACUAGUAUUGUGAUUUUUUUUUCCUCCUACAGUUAUUAUAUUCAUAGUUACUUUUAUAGUGGUUUGUACAUAUUUGAAAAUAUUGUAUUAGUAUUCAGAGUUGAUUUGUAAUUAACAAAUAUUGCUUUGAUAGAAGAAUGCAGAUUUAGACACUAAUGUCUUGUGAAAUGUUAGAACAGAAAGCGCUAUUGUUUUUUUGCUGCUAAAAUACUGUAUUUCUGUUAAAAUAUGUAAGUGAAAUUAAAAACAUUUCUAGAACUAA